AAAAUGAGGGAUUUUAUAAUCGGAUGUCGACAAAACUGACUGAAAGUAAACAAGAUGAGAUAAGGCGAUGAAAGUUUAUAGAUAAACAGGAAUAAAAAAUCAAGGAAUAUUAGAAAAAAGUUAAAAGUUUGAACAAUGAGCUAGUGAAGAAUGUGCUCUAAGCUUGAGGAUUGUUUGUUCUCCCGUCUAGGGUUCAGAGUUUGUAUAAUCUCGAUAUUAAUUCUUAUCCUUGGAUUCCUCGCUCUCAAUCUCAGUUUCCAUUUGUUUGGGUGGAGUUUACAUGACCGGCCUGGCAUAGCUGGCUCCAGCUCACAGGGUCAACCUUCUUCAGUCAAAUCUAUUCUACUGUGGACACCAUUACAAUCCAGUUGGAGCAACUGGAAGCUAGAAAAUCAGCAGGAAGAAAAAUCUUCUCAGUGUGAGUUUACUUGUGCCUUCACUCAUGACCGAACUAAGUUGUCAACAGCUGACCUCCUACUAAUCUCCUCAUCUGAUUUAAAAAAAACUGAUCUACCGAGUAGAGUACCUUACAAACAUCAGCUCUGGGGCCUAGUACAUGCAUCUCCAUCUUCCAGUGUGGAUUUGAGUGGAAUGUUUUUUGAUUUGUUCAUCUCCUACCUUCCUCAAGCUGAUCUUAAUAUUAACAAAUAUAGAAUUCAGGAACAGGAACAUAUAAACUAUAUUCAGAAACAGGAACAUAUAAACUAUAUUCAGGAACAUAUAAACUAUAUUCAGGAACAUAUAAACUAUAUUCAGGAACAUAUAAACUAUAUUCAGGAACAGGAACAUAUAAACUAUAUUCAGAAACAGGAACAGAGCAUAUAA